AUGGCACAUCCAAAAAUAUCUAUAGUAGAUUUACCUGAAUUAACAUAUGAAGUUAUCAAAUAUUUUAAAAAUGAUUUUUCAACUUUAUAUUCAUGUGUUUUAGUUAACAGAUUAUGGUGUCGUAUAACUAUUCCAUUAUUAUGGGAAAAUCCAUUUUUAAUUCCUAGUAAAAAUUAUAAAAAAAAUUCUAAUCUUAUUAAAAUUUAUUUAUAUGAUUUAAAUGAUGAUUUAAAAACAAAAUUAAAUCAAUAUGGAAUUAGAGAUAAUUCAUUAACUUCAAGUGCAUUAUUCAAUUAUCCCAGUUUUUUAAAAUAUUUGAAUACAUUUAAUAUGGCUACUUUUGCUAAUAGUUGGGUUGAAAAUAUUAUUAUAACUUCAAAACAACGUUUAAAUAUAGAUUUAAUAUGUGAUAUUAAAAGAUUGGUUAUUAUAUCACUAUUUAAAAAAUUUAUUGAAAAUGAAGUAAAUUUAAAUACUCUUGAAAUUGAGAUCUCAAAUUAUUAUUAUUAUAUAUUUUUUAUUAAUAUUCUUGAGUCAAUUUUACAAAAUACGAAUUUCAUUUACAAUACUGGAAAUUUAAAACUUUAUAUUGAUAAUAAAAAUGAUAUUGAUUUUUAUUACUACAAUAAUGAUCAUACAUUAAUUGAAGAUCGUAUAUUACAAAUAAUUAAUUUACACCAAAAUCUUAAAAAAAUUAUUUUUGGUGAUAAUAAUUUACCUUUAUUUAAAUCAUUAUUAUUAUCAAAAGGUUUUAAUUGUUCGAAUACCUUAAAUACAAUCAUAUUCUAUCGCAUCAAUUUUAAUAAUCUAAUCAACCUAGAUAAAAUAUUAGAACAAUUAAACGUUCUAGAGUCCGUUCAUAUCAUUCAUUGUUUUUCAUUAGAUUCUCAGUUUGUUCAACAAAUUGAUAAUUUAACUAAACCAUUUAAAUUAAAAACUUUAUUUAUAGACAGGAUACCACAAAUUGAACCAUUGCAAAAAUUAUUACAAAUAUCUGGUGAUUAUUUAGAAAAUUUAAUGUGUAGAUUUAGUUUGGUUUUAUCAUUAAAUCAACAAUUGUUAGAAUUAAUUAUAAAAUAUUGUAAAAAUAUCAAACGUCUUAAUUUACAGAGUAUUGGAAAACAAAUUACUUGUUUAGUAAUCAAUUUAAUUAAAAAUAUUAAACAGAAUCUUAAUUAUCUUAAGAUCAGUGAAUGUUAUCAAUCAUUACUAAUUGGUUAUUAUGAGUUUAGUUCAUUAUUAUUACAAAAUUUAGGGCAAAUCCUUCCUUCUAAAUUAGAAUAUUUGCAUUUGAUUCUUCACAUUAAACCAAAUGAUUUUAAAAUAUUUUUAGAAAAUUCUCAGAAUAUUUUUAUUAAAAAAUUAUUAAUAAUGCAAAAUGGUAAUGAUGAUAUUUUAUAUUAUUUAAGGGAAUAUAUUAUUAAAAAGAAAAGAGUUAAGUAUUUGGCUAUUAAAUAUGAUGAUGACUUUCUUAAUUUAAAUGAUAAAGUGAAGGAAUUCAAGUUACGUAAUAAUAUUAGAGUUCAAAAUUAUUGCUAUUUAUCUAUUGACAUUUAUGAUUUAAAAACUGUUAUAGUACCAGCUAACCAGGAAAUAGUAUUCAACAGUGUUGGAAUUGGACAUUGUCCAAUUCCCAAUAGUGGACUAUUGGACUUUGGACCUAAUGGAGAUAUCCAGUCCAAUUCCAAUUCAAAUGGACUAUGUCCUCAUAAAUUUGGCCGAAUUAAAUUUUAUAUACCAUAA